GGCUAUGUAAGAGUAAAAUAAAGAAGUUAAAAUUGAUUGUUAGUUGAAACGGCGUCGCGGUGAAGAGCAACUCCGUCCUUCUCCCUUUACACUUCACUAAUCCGCUUCCCCUCCUGUUAAAACAUCACUGAACGCACAUUUCGGCCUAACAGUGCCUCUAGAGAUUAGUAAAAGUGUUGGACCGCAUAUUUAGCUCAUAAAUGGUGAACAUAAAACUCGUAUUUUAACGUAAAAUGCAGUAUUAUCCUUUCGCGCUUCUAACUGCUAUUUUCGCUCUUCAGCGUCUCCUGAGCAGCCAUUACAUCAGGUUUUUGGGGGGCGGGGACAUGCAAAUGAGCUGUGUCUGUGAAACUGUGAUUUUCAGCAGUUAUGGCCCGUACAAAGCAGACAGCCCGUAAAUCCACAGGAGGGAAAGCGCCCCGUAAACAGCUCGCCACUAAAGCUGCCCGUAAGAGUGCGCCCUCUACAGGAGGGGUGAAGAAACCGCACCGUUACAGGCCCGGCACCGUGGCUCUACGUGAGAUUCGGCGUUAUCAGAAAUCCACAGAGCUGCUGAUCAGGAAGCUGCCGUUCCAGCGCCUCGUCCGAGAAAUCGCUCAGGACUUUAAAACCGAUCUGCGGUUCCAGAGCGCUGCCAUUGGAGCCCUACAGGAGGCGAGUGAAGCGUACCUGGUAGGUCUGUUUGAGGACACUAAUCUGUGUGCUAUCCACGCCAAGCGUGUCACCAUCAUGCCCAAAGACAUCCAGCUGGCACGCCGCAUCCGUGGAGAACGUGCUUAACACACACACACUCGAUAUUACAAAAAUAUACACACACACUUUCCUAAUUACACCCUCUCAUAUGUCACACAAGGUCUGUCUCUCACUGUGUAUCUAGUCACCGGCUGUGCUGCUGGUUUUAUGUGUGUGUGUGUGUGUGUGUGUGUGUGUGUGAUUAGUGAAAACCUCUUGAGUGUAACACAUAGAGGCUCCUGAUUGGCUGUAGGUUUUGGUGUGGAACUGUGGGUAAAAUCUGCAUUAUUUGGGUUUAGGGUUAUUGGUUGUGUAUAGCGAGCUUCAUCACUGGCUGUAUUGUGCUCCGAUUCUCCUUCUGUGUGUGUGUGUGUGUGUGUGUGUGUGUGCGUGUUACUGAGUGCUUUUAUAUUUGUAUUAGUUUUAAUCUCAGUACGAAAGUGUUUGUCACAUUUUCACCAGUUUAAGAACAGAAAUAAAAUAUAAAAAAUGCAAAAAUAUAUAUUUUUUGCUCCACUUUUUUGCCGUCUUUCUCUCUGACAGUGCGACAGAUUCAUAAACACACCACACACACCACUGUUUCAUUUUUAAUUUGACUUAUUUCUGCACUCAUGUUUAUUAAUCAGUGUGUCGUUAGCAGGUGACUGCUCAGGUUUUUCUACAUUGUUUUGUAUGAAGUGUAUCUUGGGGUAUCAGAUUUUAUUCGAUAGAUAAAUAAAGGAGUUGUUUGUCCUCA